AAAAAUUAUCUUAUCUCAUGCAUCCCUCUCUCUUUCUAUCUCUUACUUCUGUUUUGUAUAACUACUCUUUGUUAUACAUAGCCAUUUUAGUUACUCUGGUUUGUUUCUCAUCCCAUUCUCUCUCUCUUUCUCUAAUGGUUCUUAAUCUGUUUUAGCAUUUUGAUCAUCUAAAACUUUCAAUUUCUCUCUUGAUCCUCACUUGAAUUUUUUGUUGUUUCUCUCAAAUCUUUGAUCCUUUCCUUUGUUUUUCAUUUGACCUCUUACAAAAAAAUCUGGUGUGCCAUUAAAUCUUUAUUAAUGGCACAACUUCCUCCGAAAAUCCCAACCAUGACGACGCCAAAUUGGCCUGACUUCUCCUCCCAGAAACUCCCUUCCAUAGCCGCAACGGCGGCAGCCGCAGCAACCGCUGGACCUCAACAACAAAACCCUUCAUGGAUGGAUGAGUUUCUCGACUUCUCAGCGACUCGCCGUGGGACUCACCGUCGUUCUAUAAGCGACUCCAUUGCUUUCCUUGAACCACCUUCCUCCGGCGUCGGAAACCACCACUUCGAUAGGUUUGACGACGAGCAAUUCAUGUCCAUGUUCAACGACGACGUACACAACAAUAACCACAAUCAUCAUCAUCAUCACAGCAUCAACGGCAAUGUGGGUCCCACGCGUUCAUCCUCCAACACCUCCACGCCGUCCGAUCAUAAUAGCCUUAGCGACGACGACAACAACAAAGAAGCACCACCGUCCGAUCAUGAUCAUCACAUGGACAAUAAUGUAGCCAAUCAAAACAACGCCGCCGGUAACAAUUACAACGAAUCAGACGAGGUCCAAAGCCAGUGCAAGACGGAGCCACAAGAUGGUCCGUCGGCGAAUCAAAACUCCGGUGGAAGCUCCGGUAAUCGUAUUCACGACCCUAAAAGGGUAAAAAGAAUUUUAGCAAAUAGGCAAUCAGCACAGAGAUCAAGGGUGAGGAAAUUGCAAUACAUAUCAGAGCUUGAAAGGAGCGUUACUUCAUUGCAGACUGAAGUGUCAGUGUUAUCGCCAAGAGUUGCGUUUUUGGAUCAUCAGCGAUUGCUUCUCAACGUCGACAAUAGUGCUAUCAAGCAACGAAUCGCAGCUUUAGCACAAGAUAAGAUUUUCAAAGACGGUAAUUUUCUAUUUUGAACUUUUUUUCAAUUUUCUAACAUUGUAUAAAAUUCUUCUGAAUAUAUUUUUCAGGGAUACUAUCAAACUAUAGAAAUUUGUUUGUUUUUUUUUACUAUUAUUGUCUGAAGUUUCACUAGCUCCAUGUAUUUAAUAGUCACUGACAAUAUAUAGGCUCGACCAAUAAUUAUUCUUUAGUAAUAUAAACUAUAUACAAGGAAGUACUUGCGGCAAUGCAUGCUUCAUGAUUCAUAAAAUUACAAACAUGAAAUAUAUAUUGUCCUGCUUGAAUAGAUUUAGUAAGCUCAUCAAGAAGCAUUGAAGAGAGAAAUAGAGAGACUUCGACAAGUAUAUCAUCAACAAAGCCUCAAGAAGAUGGAGAAUAAUGUCUCCGAUCAAUCUCCGGCCGAUAUCAAACCGUCCGUUGAGAAGGAACAGCUCCUCAAUGUCUAAAGCUGUUCGUUCACUAAGAUCUUUCUUUUCAUGGCGAAAAGAUUCUUGACUAUAAAACCUCUUUGUGUCAAGAAAUUAAUUUAUCAAAGAAGAUGGCCUUUUUUAUUUGAUCUAAUCACAUUUUUUUAAGUUGUGAUGAAUUUGCUUUUGAUGUAUCUGUUUUUUUUUUUUUUUCUUAUGGAGUGGGAGGGGGAAAGUGGGAAUGAUAUGUAAAAAGAACUUAGCUGAUUUGUUGUUUAUUCAAUUUUUUUGUUGGAGUGUCUAUGCAUUGUGUACUAAUUGAUAUUUUUUCCGAAUGAUUUUUUUUUCCAUCAA